AAACAAACUGGUUGGUUGCUCGUAGCUGAGUACGCUGACGAGCUGUGUGCGCAAUGAGUUGGCGAGGUGCGAUCUCCUCCGCCGCAGAGCGUUUGUGCCAUUUACGAUGUGGCGCUUCAAAUCAGUCUACAAUUUGGCUUAUUCGCGUUUGUUCGAUCGUCGGGCGAUAAGCGGAUGUCUGCAAACAAUUGCCAACAGCUACUAGCUAGCAGUUAAUAUAUUCUCAAUCCUGUCGCAGAGACGUUUAACAAAGUGCUAAAUGUGCUCGACGCCGCGGCGUUUUGGUGAUCGCUGCGCAGCAAUAAUAGACUGAUGAUCAAAGUAGGAGAUCAAUAUGCUUCUUUAUUUGCAAAAGUACCGUUACGUAAAUAAGACAAAUAUGUAUGUGUCUACGAGCGUAUUUAUAGGUGUAGUGUAAAAGGCAAAUGCACACGAGACUAGACAUUCUUCGACGAAUCUUCGAUUGAUUAUUGCAACAAACGGAAAAAAAGAGAAUUUGCGAAUUUGCAGAAUUAAAAAAAAGAAAAACAGCAACUAAGUGAAGUAAAAGAAAAAUGCACGAACUCUUCACAAAAGUGCUCUCCAAACGUGAUUUAUCCCGUGCUGGCGAUUUAUUUUCGGUGCCAGAUUCCGAAAUCGUCAAUGAUAUAAGCGAAGUGCUCUCUGACAUCAGUCCGAUUAUUUCACAUCCGGACUAUUUAAAAAACAACAAUGAUCAGUCUGUGGUGGAGAUUUGUGUUACACGUGUGCUCUCUUGCAUACGUGAAACGAAAACUGCUGAACGUUAUUGCGCCGCAUUGGUAGAUUUGUUGCGGACGUGCCUAUUAUGGAAUCUUCAGCCAGCUGGCUCGGCCAAAGAGGAACCUCCUCAUGCAAAAAUUGCCGCUGAUAUUAUUUCAAGUAUAUUUUUGAACUAUGAUAAAAAGGAGCUGAUGAAAAUAUCACUGCCGGUGGCAGUGCAAUUCCUGCCAAAAGGCAAUCGUGAAUUGUCUCGAAAUUUAGCGAGCUAUCUUUCUUUGGCAGCUAUAGACUAUGCAUACCUGCUAAGUCCACAUGUGUCAUCGAUUAUGGACUCGAUUAUGGCUGGUAAUUUCGGCUUACUACGCGUGCUUUCACAAAUUUACGAAGUCUCUCCAGAUGAAGUGUCGCCACAUGCACCACUGUUGGUGACGCUGCUGCCACAAUGCGACUCACAAGAGAAAUUGGCAGUGCUACAACUAUACCUACUCAUUGCGCAAAAGACGCCAAUGGUUCUCGAGAGCUGUGUGCCACGCCUAUGCGAAUUGCUGUUCGACAAUGAAACUGCCGCAAUAACAAUGCAAAUUUUACUUAAAAUCUCUGAGCAACGUCCCCUACUCAUCGUUGAACAUAGCGAGAAAAUCAAAGCAGCCAGCAAAGCAAAUCCAAAUACGGUUUACUUGGCUGCACAAACGCUCGCCUCGGCCGGACGUACUAGCAAGGCGCAUGCGCAGUACGCACUCGACUUUGUUUUGGAACACUUGCCACAUGCAGAUCGCACAUCACAAACGAAUCUACUACAAGAAGCCACCAAGUUAUGCUCAUCAUUUCCCAUACUGUUCACCGAUAAAGUGCUCGCUUGCGUGCGGCAAAAGAACGCGCUCAGUCAACAGAAACUCUCGACAUCCGAUAUCAAUGUGGAUACUAGUACUAAGAUGUCAGGCGGCGUAACCAUAGUGAACCUGAACAGUCCGAUUGAUCCGCCACCGCCAACACCAACAGCCGCCGCAGCAGUGGUGGCAACUGUACUCAAUACCGUAGCAGCCAAUAAUUCGAGCGCAUCCAAUGCCUCAGCCACAUCGAUACCAAUCACUGCCGAACCAGCUUCCAGCGCAGCAACCGUUUCGGUGGCAGCCGCCACAGCCACCACAGGUCGCAUGCAUAAAAGCAAAAAUAAGAGUCGCAGUAGUCCUAGCAGUCCGAAGGAUGGUAGCCGCAAGGCAUUACUCGGUGGCAACCUGAAAAUAUCAACGACACAACCAACGACGGGCGUCGCAACCAACACAACUGUCAUACAACAGAGCAACAAUGCAGCUUUGGCCGGCGCGGCUGCUCCAGUGCCUCCCACGCCGCCGCAUGCCGGUUAUACGCGUCGCGUUAAACUCGGCGAUUCGCGCAGUACUGGUCGCCUGCAUCCAACCGGUAAUACGCAUCGCAGCAUGACACGCCUCAAUGUCGCCGGCGGCUCAGUGGGUGGUCUUCAUAAGAGUAUGACGCGCCUUAGCUCCUCUCAGCAUAUCAAUCAGAAUGGCGGUUCCAGUUCCAACAAUGCCAACAAUUCACAAUCUAGCGGCAAUGUGGUGGUGCAAACAGCCACCGGCGCCAGUACGACAACGGUGGGUACGGGAGCAGCACCCAAAACUCCAACCAGUCCCAGCUGUCCAGGAUAUGUGACACCUGUGCCGCCAUUGAGCAAUAAUGUCAUUAUAACGGGUCACAAUAAGUGGGGUAUUCCAUCGACGCAGGUCACUUCGGGUGGCGUCACAGUGACUACAUCUCCCACAAAAGUUAGACCGCAUUCGCAAGGGCCCACAACGUUACUUAACUCGAGUACUGCUUUGUUGAAGUACAGCACCGAUGCGCUGAAUCAAUCAAUUGGUUCAAUUUCCAUACCACAAAAUCCGGUUUCGGUGCAUCAUGCAUCGCCAGCGUUGCCGCAACAGAAUAACGGCAAUCAAAAGUCUGUGAUGAAGCUGCCCGUGAAUGGAAAUAGCACACACGAAGUGAUCGUCUCCGGCCCAACAACUAAUAUGACGCCACGUCGCAACAACAACAACACCAGUCGCACGCUACUCAACGCCAAUAAUAGCUGCAUUUUAGAUCAACGCAUGAGCACAUUCGAGCCCUAUCAGAUUAUGCGCGACCCAGUACAGCAAUUUUGUGAAAAACAUUUCGGUUCGAUUAAAUCGUACAUGGAUGAGGUAUCACAAUCGCUGCCGCCGCCAACGCGUUGUAGCAUUGAAGAGCGUCGCACAAAGAAAGUAGCCAAACUGCACUUCGCCUGCCAAAUACGCGGCCCCCAUUGUAUGUACUCGAAGACCUGCUUUACGAUGCGCACGCGCAACCCUAAAACCUGGAUACAUUUAAUGUUUUUGGACUUUCAAGUGCGACACUAUGUGAAGGAAAAAACUGUUUUAAGUACACGCGAGCCCGGCAUUAGCAAUUUGAAGAAUAUCUGGCAAAUACUCAAGUGCGAGAAUCGCAGUUUCACAGAAUUAGUCACCAGUCAGUUUCCGAAUGCAAAGGACCGUGAAAUACUCGUCAACGAAUUACGCCAUUCCGGCUUCCUGGACGUUUUCGAGGUAUCCAAAACAGACACAACCAAUCCAAAUUGCAACGAGUUGGAAUAUCAAUGGGGCUGCCUGCUGUGUAAUCAUCCCGAUAAA